AAAGACCCCCAAAUAACCUUAUUUAGCCUCACACAUCUUGCUGCAAGACAAAAAGAGACGCUCCCAAACACAUCACAAUCAAAUGGCCCUCUUCAGAAGAAUGGCAGCCAUUGUUGCUGCUUUAAUAAUAAUCACAGCGUCCUCAUCCCACAGCACAACAUCAGCCAAAGCCCCGCCAUCUCCUCCGGCUCCCGGCGGCAUGGCUCCGGCACCUGCAAAGGUGAUUACAGAAUGCUUCAGAGCCUUAGUGAACACAUCAGAUUGCCUGAGCUUUGUGAAAACUGAAAGCAACCUCACAAAACCAGAAAAAGGAUGCUGCCCGGAGAUCGCAGGACUAGUAGAGAGCAACCCCAUUUGCUUAUGUGAGCUAUUAGGGCAUCCUGAAGCUACUGGUUUCACCAUUGAUGUCAAGAAAGCUCUCAACCUUCCUUCUCUUUGUGGAGUGUCUUCUGCUCCUAAUGUUACUUCCUGCUCAGCUGCAGGAGUGCCAGUGUCGUUGGCUCCAAUAAGUCAAGAUGCCAUGUCUCCGAGUAAUCAACCAAGAGAAGGAUUGGCACCAAGCCCUUCAACACAGGAAUCAACUUUGACUUAUCUUCCAAAUGAAGACGACGAAGAUGCAGCUUCCACCAUUAGCAGACACUCUAAGCUCAAUUUCAUGUUCGGCUUCGUCAUUGCCAUCAUCUUCACCUUAAAUUAUGAUUCCUAAACAUCAUUAAUUACUAUGUUCUUAAAACGUCAUUUUUAGGUUCAUACAG